AUGCGUCGAGCCGUCGCCCGCAGCAACGUCGUAGCCUCGGCUGCCAGGGCCACCGCUGCUGUCCCCCGCGUGUCGAGGGUGGCAGGAGGGAGCAUGGCGGCGACGGGGCUGUCGGCCGUCGUCCCUUCGACGAGGAGGACACUGCACGCAACGGCGCAGCGACCGAAGCCCACGGUGGCGGCUGCCCCGCCGUCGGAGGGCUACCCGACGACGCAUGACAAGAUCGCGUCGGUGGGCAAGACGCCCUACUUCCUCAACAAUGCAUUCUACGAAUCGGAGACGACAGAGUACAUCGACCUCCCGGAUCCGGCCACCAACAACCUGGUGACGCGGGUGCCGCAGAUGACGGACGCGGAGCUCAAGGCGGCGGUGGCGAGCGCGGAGGCGGCCUUCGAGCCGUGGCGCAACACGACGGUGCUGCACCGGCAGCAGAUCAUGUUCCGGUUCGUGCAGCUGAUCAAGGACAACAUGGACCGUCUGGCGGCCAGCAUCACGCUGGAGCAGGGCAAGACGCUCGCCGACGCCAAGGGCGACGUGCUGCGCGGGCUGCAGGUGGCCGAGGCGGCGGUGGGGGCGCCCGAGCUGCUCAAAGGCGAGGUGCUCGAGGUGUCGCGGGACAUGGAGACGCGCACGUACCGCGAGCCGCUGGGGGUGACGGCGGCCAUCUGCCCCUUCAACUUCCCGGCCAUGAUCCCGCUGUGGUGCAUCCCCAUCGCGACGGUGACGGGCAACACGCUGGUGCUCAAGCCGUCGGAGCGCGACCCGGGCGCGGCCAUGAUCCUGGCCGAGCUGGUGCAGAGGGCCGGCUUCCCGGACGGCGUCGUCAACAUCAUCCACGGCUCCCACCGCGCCGUCGACUUCAUCCUCGACGACCCGACCAUCAAGGCCAUCAGCUUCGUCGGCGGCAACAAGGCCGGCGAGUACAUCUUCUCGCGCGGCUCCGCCAACGGCAAGCGCGUCCAGGCCAACCUGGGCGCCAAGAACCACGCCGCCGUCCUCCCCGACGCCAACAAGAACCACUUCCUCAACAGCGUGGUGGGCGCCGCCUUCGGCGCCGCCGGACAGCGCUGCAUGGCCCUGUCGACGCUCGUCACGGUCGGCGAGACGAGGGACUGGCUCCCUGAGCUGGCCGAGCGCGCCGCCGCCCUCAAGGUGGCCGGCGGCUUCGACCAGGGCGCCGACCUGGGCCCCGUCAUCUCCCGCCAGAGCAAGGACCGCAUCGAGCAUCUCAUCUCCACCGCCGAGAAGGAGGGCGCCACCAUCAUCCUCGACGGCCGCGGCAAGGGCCCGGCCGAGUACCCGGACGGCAACUGGGUCAGCCCCACCAUCAUCACCGACGUCACCCCCGACAUGACAUGCUACAAGGAGGAGAUCUUCGGCCCCGUCCUUGUCUGCCUCAGCGUCGACUCCAUCGACGACGCCAUCGACCUCAUCAACCGCAACGAGUACGGCAACGGCACCGCCAUCUUCACCCGCUCCGGUGCCACCGCCGAGACCUUCCGGCGCCGCAUCGAGGCCGGCCAGGUCGGCAUCAACGUCCCCAUCCCCGUCCCCCUGCCCAUGUUCUCCUUCACCGGAAACAAGAAGAGCAUCGCCGGCGGGGGUGCCAGCACCUUUUACGGGAAGCCCGGCAUCAACUUCUACACCCAGCUCAAGACGGUCACGGCCUUCUGGCCCAGUGCGGACGCUGUCGCCAAGAAGGCUUCGGUACAUAUGCCUACUCUUUCCUAG